UCACGCAUCGUUUCCAAACAAUGCUCAGGAAAAAAGCCACGUUGACCAUCCUGAGCGACGUGUAGUCCACUUUUUAAGAGAGGAAAAAAAGCAGCAGUUUGCUUCUUUUGCCCGACAGUCAUGUCGUCACCGCCGAAGGUCACCGUGGAGACCAAAGCUGGUCAUUUACCCGCAGUAAAGGUUGGCGGCAUGAGGGUUGUGCAGAAACACAUUCCAACUCCUCCCCCAGAGCCACCACAGAAGGAUGAUGACAGCGAGGAGUAUGUGAGCACCAGUCCACCAAAAGUCCCAGUGAUUGUGUCUGGAGUGGUCACAAAGGGAGACAAGGACUUCACCCCUGCCGCAGCCCAAGUGGCCCACCAGAAGCCUCAACCUGGUGUCCCCAAGCUGCCUCCUCACUGCAACAUCAACCAGCAAAUCCACCAGCCACGGAAGUGAGCUACAGCAGCUUCACGAUCUCCACCAUCCUGCCUUUCAACCCUCCCAAUGGAACACGUAAGAUGAAGACAUUUCCCCCUCCAGGUGCAGAUCUCAUCGGAAUAAUCUCAUUCAUAUGAAUAAUUGACAGCUGAAGCCGUUUCAGAAGCUACGCUAUUACACAUGUUGCUUUCUUUGGCAGUUCUGUAAGGUUGUGCAGUUGGGUUGAGGUUUUUUAAAAUGACUGUUCCUUAGAUUCUCUGGCAAAGGAACUGUAAAUCAUAUACUGACCAAAAAUAAGAAUCGCUACAAACAGCCAGUCACUAUUAUUGGCCAACCAAUGGCAUUGAAGUAACUACCUGAAGCACGAGAAAGCAAAGGAACUGGUCAUAAAGUAGACACCGCUUUAACAUAGCCAGAGCACACAAAACGCUAGAUAUGAAACUGUUAUCCAAUGUCAGAAAUCCCCAUAGAACCAGGAAAAAGUAAAACCUGACAUCGUUAAUUAAAGACUAGUUUGCUUAUUGUGUGUCUUUCUGAAACCCAACAGCAAGUUUCAGGGUUAUUUCUCCAAUUGUAAGUAUGCAACAGAUUAAAAUGAACUCAUGACAAGCUAGCUAUCGUAAACAAAAGCUACUUUUACCCCACAGUCACAUUAGCUACAAAUGACUGCGAAAAGCGGUUUGGCUUUGUCGCUUGAGGGGCAUUCCCGGGGAGUCUGGGCUCUCUGUAAGAUGUCUUGUAAAAUCACAAAAAAGGGUGUUUUUUUGAUAUACAAGUGUUUAUUGCUGCACUAAUUUUUACAAAAUGUGAGACGUUUUUUAGAUUUAUGCUGAAAUUAGCUGUUUCAGGUUGUUUUCUGCCAUCUUGGUUUAUUUUGUUUGAGCGGGCAGCGGGGUGAUGUCAUACUGUCUUUUUUCCUCUGAUUGGCAGUCACCAUGUCACUUUGCUCAGUAUUGCAUAACAUAGACUUCUGGUCUAUUUCAUUGGUCUGUGGCUCCACCUACCCCGUGGUUCGAGCAACCACCGUCUCUUGCUGCUUCAAAACGCCCACUCUGAAAAUGAACAGCAAGUCACCGCUUUGCCUCUGUAGCUUGCUGUCGUUCGUUGCCAUUGUGACUGUAGGGUUAGUUUAAAAAAACAAAAAGGUUUUGGCUUUAGUACACUUUAUACAUUUAUCUAACCAGCCAGAAAUGAAAGCUUUCUAUGUCAUUGUGCCGACCCAGUGCAUUUGACUAUUGACUUGAUAAAAGAAAGUGCUACGUUAGCAUUACCAUUUGCAGUUAUACUUGACUGCAGUUGAUGCUAACCUCCUCCCAAACAAUAAACCUGAGCACUAGUUGGCAUUAAACACUAACAGUCUGUGUUAUCUGCACUUAGCAUUAGCGUGUGCAGUCAAACUAAGUUCAGAUGGUGUUUUCUGCAGCUGGAACGCUGGUAAUUCCCAGAGUACUUUAAGCCAUUUUCUAAAAUUUCUGCACAUGCUUCAAUGUAUGCCAUCUUUCAUUCGCCUCCCAAUAAACAAGGGGUUUCUACUUCUUUUUAACUGCGUCACUGAAGGCAGAGCAGGUCUGUGAAUUGACUCCAUGUGGUUGAAGCGUCCACAAUAUCUUGACACAGACUUGGAGAGACUUUACACUCAGGUCAUCCCACUAAGACUUUGAACAGGUUUGACAUUUUCCUUGUAAUUGCGGUCACCAGGAGGCUGAGUCUCUGCAACGUAUUGCAUGUGAUAACGCCACAAGGACUUGAUGGAUGGUGACGAAGCUUACUGCUGUAGAUUAUGCCUUUCUGAAGUCUUUGCGCAGGUUUGAGUUUGAACUUGGUGACGCUUGUUAGGUUCAGUAUUACCGUUGUUCUUGAAGCGAAAAUCUACUCGGACCAAAUGUUCUGUACUGUGAAACAUCAGCAUGUCUGCUUUGUGUUUGUGGCAGCGUUACGUUGCGAUCAAAGUAGUUCAAAAGGGAAAAACACCAUCAGGAAUCUUAACAAAUCCCUGAAGAUGAUGUCCAAUGAAGACGAGGAGCACGACACAAACUGAACUGUGUUUUCUUCUUAAUAUUUUCGCUGUGUGUUUUUGUUUGUGCAAAUUAAGUGUAUAUUAUUUGGUUUACUUUUGCUAUAGACAGCUGUUGUUUGAGCUUAGCAGGAAUAGCAACCCUUCCAAUACAUUUCACAAACACUGAACAUGAUCAGUGCCACCUCUUUUUUUUUUUUUUCUUUGCCCCGCCUCCUGAUGCUGAAUCUUAUUUGUUCCAACACUAAUGUUCAGGUUUCCAGCAAAGAAACAUAUUUUGCCAAGAAGGAGUAAUUUCCUGUUAUUUUAAUUGUGUUUAAAAGCAAAGUUUUAUUUGUACUCUAUUUUUGAGCAAACCGUUGGAAUUGUACCAGUUGUUAGUCUGAGUGGACUUUGGGUAUCAGGUGUGGUCUUAAAUAAAUAAAGAGAGAUUAUCUUCAAA